GUGGAACUCAUUUUAUUAACAGCAUAGAUGCCUGAAACGAUCAGCCUCUUUAUACAACAGAAUAUUUCAAAGACCCUUGUGGACACAUCUGAUACAAUCAUGUCAUCCUCCAGUAGUCACCUGACCAAGGAGCUUCAGUGCUCUAUAUGUCUGGACAUGUUCACUGAUCCAGUCAGCACUCCAUGUGGACACAACUUCUGCAAGACCUGUCUGAAAAAACACUGGGACAACAGCAAGAUCUGGAAAUGUCCAUUUUGUAAAGAAACAUUCAAGCAAAGACCUGAUCUCAAGAUUAAUACCACACUCCGAGAGAUUGUCGAACACUAUAAAAAGAAACGUCAUGUGAAAAAAAAUGUGGCAGAUAUAAAGAAACACAAACGGAUCGGCCAUAGAAACUCAGAGGAGGAGAAAGCAGCCCAUGUUAAGCUCUUCACUGAUCUCAUCCACUACAUUGAGAGAUGUCAGACUGAACUGCUGGAGAUAAUGGAGGAGCAGCAGAAAGCAGCAGAAAAACAGGAGCAAGAGCUCAUUGAAGAUCUGGAGCAGAAUUUCACUGAGCUAAAGAUGAGAAACACUGAGCUGGAGCAGCUCUCACACACUGAAGAUCACCUCCACCUCCUACAGAUUUACUCAUCCCUGUGCAGCCCUACAAACACCAGGAACUGGUCUGAAAUCAGAAUGAAGACUCACGAGAGUCUGGAGACUCUGAGAAGAGCUCUGACUGAACUGCAGGAAACUCUAGAUGAGAAACUCACACAAACUGUCUCUACAGGGCUGAAGUGGAUGCAGCAGUGUGCAGUGGAUGUAACUCUGGAUCCUGAUACAGCUCAUCCUGCUCUCAUCCUGUCCCAUGAUGGAAAACAAGUGAGAUGUGGAGACGUUAAGCAGAAAUGCCCAGACAAUCCAAAGAGAUUUCAUAGAUAUGUAAAUGUCCUGGCAGAGGAGGGAUUCUCCUCAGGGACAUUUUAUUUUGAGGUGCAGGUGAAGGGAAAGACUAAAUGGGAUUUAGGAGUGGCCAGAGAAUCCAUUGAAAGGAAGGGAGAGAUCAAACUGAGACCCAGUACUGGAUACUGGACUGUGUGGUUGAGGAAUGGGAAUGAAUAUGCGGCUCUCUCUGAGCCCACUGUCUCUCUGUCUCUGAGAGUGAAGCCGCAGCGGGUCGGUGUGUUUGUGGAUUAUGAGGAGGGUCUGGUCUCCUUUUAUGAUGUGGAGUCCAGCUCUCAUAUCUACUCUUACACUAGUCAGUCUUUCAGAGGAAAACUAUAUCCGUUUUUUAGCCCGUGCUCCAAUAAUGGAGGUCAGAACUCAGCCCCACUGAUCAUCACACCUGUCAAUGCAAGAUGAAAAUGACAAUACCAACAUUAGAAGUCUGAUUUUUGUCUAUACAGUAGAAGUCAUUAGGAACUGAAAUUGACAUGUUUGACAGCUGUUUUAGGAAUUAUAUUAUGGGGACAAUUUUUGUUUUACUUUACUGUACUGAAAGGCCUGAUGGGUAGCCUAAUGCGUACUUUAUUUUCUUUAUGAGGUAGCACCGGAUAACAAAUCAAGCACAAAAUAUAAAUAUGUAUAGUACAUGAUAUCAAUGCUGUAUUUGUCACGUGUUCUUUGUGUUUUGGUUCCAUUCUCCUGCUUCCUGUUUCUGUUCCUCAUGUGUUUCUAUGGUUUUUGAUUAAUUGCCCUGCACCUGUCAUUCAUUUGCUCUCAUUUGUUCAAGUAUUUAUACCCCGUUCUGUUCAGUCUUUGGUUGUUCGU